AUGUCGACCCCAACCGUCAUCGUCUUCGGCCCAACAGGCGGCGUUGGCUCCGCCACUGCGCUGAGCGCCCACAAGCACGGCGCAAAGGUCAUCCUCGCCAUGCGCGACACCAACAAGUCCAUCCCCGGCCUCACUCCCGAACAAGAAACCUCUGGCAACUUCGAGCGUGUCCAAGCCGACCUCACUAAGCCCGAGACCGUCCACAACGCCGUGACAAAGACCGGCGCCAAGCACGCGUUCAUCUACGUCGCCUUUGGCACGACGGACUCGAUGCGCGGCAGUAUCGAGGCGCUCAAGGGCGCUGGUGUCGAGACGGUCGUCCUUCUAAGCAGUAUGAGCGUGUAUGGCGAUCUCCGCGCCAUUUCACCGAACGACUUUAUUGCGUUCACGCAUGCCCAGGUGGAGUUGAAUCUGCAGGAUGUCUUCGGGGGGGAUGGGUAUGUGGCUGUGCGGCCUGCGUUUUUCGCUAGCAACUCGAUGAUGUGGAGGAGUGGGGUUCUGGAGGGCGAAGUCAAGCUGGCAUAUCCGGACGCCAAGUUCGAUUAUAUCGCGCCGGAGGAUAUUGGAAGUGUCGCGGGGACGUUUUUGGCGAAGGGGCUGCCGGUGGGUGAAGACGGGGGCAAGAGGGAUUUUGUCAAUCUUGUUGGACCGGAGACGAUGUCGAUGAGGGAGGCUGUUGGUGUGAUUGGCACAGGCACUGGGAAGGAAGUCAAGGUCACCAAGGUGGAUGAGCAGGAGGCAGUGCAGGUCCUGACGACGGUCAAUGGGUUGCCGGAGCCUGUGGCGAAGACCCUGCUUGUCCAGUUCCGCAAGCAGGAGGAAACUGAGGCUUUCUUCAGUACGCCCGGGUAUGAGGAGGCACGCGGAAGUGUUCAACGGUAUACUGGGAGACCGUCAUUGCGCUUCCAUGAGUGGGUGGAUCUGAAUAAGGACAAGUUCCUUGCUUGA